AUGGAUCAAGUAACAAGGAAAAAGUAUUGUCAGAUUUUGGCGCUUGACAUCGAUCCAAAAUGCUUAUCUUUUCAAAAAGAUAAGAAUACAUUAAAUAAUCAUGAUCGAAAUCAUAAUAACGGACCGCCAUUAAUGAUUGAUUCUGCAACAUCAUUAGAAUCUGCUGGCCUCAAUGGGAAUAAUUUCAUCUUCACGUCUUUUUUUGAAAUCAAGAAACCCUCAAAUUCACAUUUUUCGUCGUCAUCAACACAAGAAACUCAUAACGAUCAUGAAUUGAUCACUAAGAAUGUAAUGGCAACUCAUCCAUCACCUUCUCCAUAUAGAAAAAUCGAAAAUUUACUCAAUUAUGAGCAAUCCACCUUAAAUUGCACAGUCGAAUCGAUAAUAAACGAACAAGAGCAAGCAAACGAGCGAAUCCCAAGACCUCCAAAUGCCUUUAUUUUGUAUCGACGUGCUAAUCAAUCAUCAGUAACUCAGAAAUAUGGGAAAAUUUCAAAUGCUAGAAUUUCCCAAAUAUUAUCGAAAAUGUGGAAAGAUGAAUCAGAAGAAGUAAAAUUUUAUUGGCAUAAAGAAGCUGCCCAUAGAAAAAAUCAACACGAGAUUGCCCAUCCAAAUUAUGUAUAUCAACCAAAGAGACUUAACGUUAAGGGGAAAUUGAAUAUCCAUCUUGAGAUGAUCGGAUCGUAA